AUGACUUUGCUGAUUGGCAGUCUCUCGGACUGCAUCAGCGCUAUUUAUACAGCCACGGUAUUCUACUGGGCGCUGCCCUCUGGCCAUUACGGUGGCGUUCCCUACAUUCCAGUGCAUAAAUCUCUGCGCUGGAUGCUACAGAGCACCAUUGACCGCUACACAAUCAUGCAGAACCUGCAGAAGCCGUACUUUGAGGACCCCGGUGUUGCCAAGAUCUGGAUGUUUGGCGUUUGGAAGUACAGCAUCAACAACGCCGAGUUUGCGCGCACAUUUUUCACACAGUCGGAUAUUUUUGAAAAAGUCAAUGUUCGCAAGAUGAUUCCGCACAGUCUUGGCCCGCGUGUCCCCGGCAGAUCGCUGGUCUUUGAGAAUGGAAGCGCUUACCGCGGUCACCGCGCAGUUGUCAGUCCCGCUUUCCGCCAUCUGUGGCCCGCACAUCUGUUCAAAAAGCCCAUGGAUGACAUGAUCCACGUGUUUGAGACCGAUUGCAGCAAGCCGGUCGAAGUGCUGCAUAUUUUUUACAGAACCACUGUUGAUGUUUUGGGCCACAUUGUCAUGGGCUACGAUUUUGAGGCACUGCGCAAUCCCGGCAACAAGUACACUUCCAUGUAUGAUAACCUGGUUGCUGCUGUUGUGCAUCCCAUUUACAACAUGCUCCCGUGGCUGGAUCUCUUCCCCGUGGGAAACCGCACCCAGCAGUGGAAGAACCUCGAGCGCUUUAAUGCUUUCCUCGAAAAUACCAUUGAAGAGAGACUCGCUGAGGUGGAGAAAAUGGCACUGCUUACUUCUGACGAGCGCAACAACGCCAGUUUGCUCACGCUGCUGCUAGAGUCGUACAUUCAAUCAACAUCUGGCAAGAUGCUUGAUGAUCGCGGCAAGCCCGUCACACCAUUGACCAAGGAGGAACUGCGCGACAAUAUCGGUCUGUUCUACGUUGCUGGCUACGACACCACGGCUAAUGCACUUUCAUUUGCAAUGAUGGAGUUGGCCCGCUACCCAGAAAUCCAGAAAAAGGCGCGCGAUUAGGUUCUUGAAAUCAUUGGUGACACUCGUGACGUCUACCCGACCGACGAGCAAAUCAAGCAACUCAUGUACCUGAAUAGUGUUCUUAAGGAAGCCAUGAGGAAAAACUCCAUUGUCACAGAUAUCAGACACUGCCUCUCUGAGCCUGUCCAACUGG